AUGUCAGCAGCACCUGUAGCGCUAGUAACCGGUGUCACCUCUUCUGUCGGGAAAGCCAUUGUGCGACGAUUAGCAUUUUCUGGAUAUAAGGUUGCAGCAGCUGAUCAGUGUGCUAAUGCUGUUAGCGAUAUAGCUGAAGACAAUAAUAGGGUUGGCGGUAAGGUUGUUGGUUUCGCCGUCAACAUAGAAGACAAGGCCCAUAGAAGCGAGUUGGUUGUACAAGAGUUGGGAGCACUGGACUCAUUGGUCAUUGUGCCUCCGGACAAUAACGUGCGUGGUGACAUUAUCGACACUAAUAUAAAGGAUUUUGAUAAGUUAUUCAACGACCGAUUGACAAUUCCAUUUCGACUAACUCAAGCUGCCCUUCCAUUUUUAGAAAAGUCAAAAGUAAGUUGCUUUUUCGUUUAA